AUGUUUUAAAGCAAAAAAAAAUCCAUUUUUCUGUUCUACUCAGAAUUUAGUUAUUUAUUACAAAAAUAACACCAAUUAAUUAGAUUAAAAUGUAUUAUAUUUUAAUAUACUUUUAAUUAGUUAGUUUCUUUAUAUUUGGUUUAGUUUAAACUUAUGAUAAUUUUCAAAUGAAAUUCAUCAAUAUAAUGAAAAUAAAUAAAGAAAAAUAAUGUUAAAGAUGUGCUAUUGUUGAUAAAGUAUGA